UUCCCGCUUUUAUUUCAGCCAUAGAAACAGCCAUGGCAUUCCGCCUUCUCAGAACCGCAUUUAUGAUCGUGAAAUACGUGAAAUAAGACAGGUUCAACGACCUGGCGCCGCGAUAGUUCUCGUGGCUCGCUGUUGCAUUAGCUAGCGUGGAACACGGCGGCCUUGCUAACUUCCGGACGGCUCAUUCUCCAUCACGAUCCUAGUAGGAUCAGGAGCUCAUUGCUCCUGAUUUCCCCUUACUAGGGACCGCUUUCGUGUUUAUAAAUCGUAAGGUUUCGUUCCGUUACCUCUUCGAGGCCAGCAGUGUUACACGAGUGACUCUGAAUCGACUCGAGGGUGAGGGGAGGACGCAACGGCACACCAUUUAUCCCGCUCGCUCGAAACUUUUGUCGAUCUGCGCCGAUGGCCCUCCAGGCGCUAGGGGCGCCGUCAAACGCGCUAGUAGGCGAACGCUGCACUGCAAACCCGGUCACUUCGCGACAUUCGCGACAUUCGCACCUCGAGAAUGCCGCGUCGUUCGUCUGCGGCCUUCCGACGCUGAGCGCCUCACAGCCGACCAGACGUCAGCCUAUGAGAUCACAGCGCGACGCACGAGACGAUGCGCGGAGGAGCGGCGCGAUGGUGCCGAUUCGCGCCCUCGACGCUGCACAGCCGUUCGAUUACGAGCACCAACAGAAGCGGCGCCUGGAGGAGAAGGGCAGGCUGAAGAUCGGCAUUCUGGGGUUCGGCAACUUCGGGCAGUUCCUGGCGCGGCGAUUCGCGCGCCACGGGCACCGCCUUAUCGCGUGGUCGCGGUCCGACUACUCCCAGGUCGCCAAGCAGAUGGGCGUGCGCUUCUUCACCGAUGUGGAUGAUUUCUGCGAAGAGCACCCGGACGUGGUGCUGCUGUGCACGUCCAUCAUCUCCAGCGACAGCCUGCUGCGGUCGCUGCCGCUGCAGCGGCUCAAGCGCAACACGCUCUUUGUGGACGUGCUCUCAGUGAAGGUCUUCCCCAAGAUGCUGCUGCUGCAGGUGCUCCCCCCCGAGUUUGACAUCCUCUGCACGCACCCCAUGUUCGGCCCUGAGAGCGGCAAGGGCUCGUGGGAGGGGCUGCCAUUUGUGUUUGACCGCGUGCGCAUCACACCGGGGGAGCGGGAGGAGAAGGCCGAUCGGUUCCUGCAGAUCUUCCAAGGGGAGGGCUGUCGCAUGGUGGAGAUGACAUGUGAGGAGCACGAUAAGUACGCAGCUGGCACGCAGUUUGUCACGCACACGGUCGGCAGAGUGCUGGGCAAGCUGGGCCUGGAGAGCACUCCCAUCAACACCAAGGGCUACGAAACUCUCCUCAACUUGGUGGAGAACACGUCAGGCGACAGCUUCGACCUCUACUAUGGGCUCUUCAUGUACAACACCAACGCCACAGAAGAGCUGCAGCGCGUGGAGAUGGCAUUUGACGCGGUGAAGAAGCAGCUGCUGGACCAGCUGCACGAAGUGCUGCGGCUUCAGCUCUUCGGCAUGCCCCCUUCCGCCACCGCCCUCCCUUCCUCUUCCUCCUCUCACCCCUCCUCGUCUUCCUCCUCCUCCUCUCUCACCUCCUCCUCACUCACCUCCUCUGUUCCUCGAUCGCCCACGUCCGAGCAAAGCCUUCCCACCCUUCCACGACGGCCUUUGUUCCCUCGAAGUGGUAACCAUGGUAACAGUGGUAACAGCAGCAGCAGCAGUGGGUCUGAGUCAGAGAGUGAAGAUUGGAGCCAUAAGGGGGCUGUGCACAGACAGGUGUUUGUGGACCAGGAAGUGCCGGUAGUUGAUGGUGAUGGUUCUUCUGCGGCGGUUUACUCGUUUGGCGACACGACGGAUGCUGGGGGAAGCAGUGCGAGCGAGGAGGAGAGCGGCAAUGACAAAGGGAAGCUGGCAUCACAGGCUGAGAGGAGAUGAGAAGUGUGUGUGCUGCACGCCCAACUCGGGAGGCUCGUAAGGGUGUUGUUGCGAAGCAUACAACAAUAUCGAGGCUGGAAGCAGGAAGUUGCCAUGUCAUCACAGGCAGAUAAGAAGCAAAGAUUCGCAGCUUGGUUUUGGCCAAGCAUACAUUUGAUGCCUUUUCACGCUGCUGUAGUAGGAGCCGAAGGUAUUUCUAAACAUGUGUUGGAAGGACAUUUAUGUUCUAUGUGAGUAACCUUCAGUGGUUGGUUUUGCAACCUGAUCAAACG